UAUAACCUCAACAUCAACCUCAACUUUCCUGCCAUCUUCAUUUCCCAGAACUAAACUACCAUACACAAUUAGUCACCAUGGCUUCCCAACUCCAGCCCGAGGCAUUGCUCACAUCGUUGUCCAGAGCCGGACUACUUCCCUCGCCCGUGAUCCCAGCGACUUUCAAGCCCGCCGUCGAAGUAUCUGUCUCCUUUAACGAGAAGCCCGUAGUGGCAGGGAAUCUUUUCCGCGUCAGCGAGGUCUCUCAAGCUCCCGAAGUUACAUUCACUCCCGAGACUGGAGCGAGUGGAACCACGCGGUAUACACUCAUCUUGACGGACCCUGAUGCACCUACACCUGAUGACCCGAAGUUUGCUUAUUGGCGUCAUUGGGUCGUGAGCAACAUUGAGCCGAAGAAAUCGUCAACGACGGGGAAGACUCUCACCCAGUACUUGGCGCCAGGACCAAAGGACGAGUCGAAGCCGCAUCGCUAUCUUUACUUGGUUUAUCGUGAGCCUGAGGGGUUGAAAUUAGAGAAAGAGGAUGUUGGGGGUGAGGAGUUCGUGCAGAGGAGGAGUUUCCAGGUCAAGGAAUGGGUUGAGAAACAUGGUCUUGAGCUUGUGGGUGUGAACUGGAUGUUGGGUGCUGGGGAUGGCUGGAAGGAGUAGGAGCAUCGAGACGUAGGAAAGAAUGAUGCAUUUAGUAGAACUACCCAGACAUGAAUUAGCUUUGGAUAAUAUCAUAAAAUGAAUACCUAUCUAACACCC